UUUAAAUUAAAUUCAGCAAAAUACCUACCUAUUUCAAAAUGAACUUUAUAAUGAUUAGAACGUAUUUAAAAUAAGCACCAAUAUUAAAAUGAACUUUUCAUACUGUGUACAAUUUUUCAUAUUUAGCGUGUGUGUUCAUAUAGUCACAUUGUUCACAUAUAUAAUUUACUAUAGCGAUAUUUUCGCAUCAAUUUAUCUAAAAACAGUUGAAACGGAAUAUGAUUAUAUUAUUGUUGGAUCUGGCACAGCUGGCUCCAUAAUAGCACAUCGCAUAGCCACAGAGACUAACUACACAUAUAUAGUAUUGGAAGCAGGAAGCAAGGGUCAUGGUUUACUGGAUAUUCCUGUUCUUAGUCCCUUUCUACAUAAAUCGGUUUAUGAUUGGAACUAUGAAACAUCACCACAGGAAAAUGCUUGCUGGGGCAUGGUUGACCAUAAAUGCAGACUCCCUCAAGGCAAAAUAGUUGGGGGAUCAUCCAAAUUAAAUAACAUGGUACAUGUCCGAGGCAACAUUUCACAUUAUGCAGUCUGGUUCCACAGAAAAUACUCAAAUGAUUAUAUAAAAAAACAAUUUGAAUUUGUAGAAAAACAUUUUCUUCAUCUUGACGAUUUACAAUAUGAAAGCAAACUCGCCGAUUCAGUUUUGAAUGCUGCUACUGAACUUGGGUAUAAGAUUUUAGAAUCAGAAUUUGAUCUAGGUUUCACAAAAAGCUUAUUAAGCCAAAGAAACGGAAAGAGAUGGUCUACAUCAGAUAACUUAGAUAUGUCUAAAGUGUUUAGUAAUUUUUUAGUAGAAGAAAUUAUUUUUAUUGGUAACACAGCUGUUGGUGUUAAAUGCUCACUGUCCAAUCAAAAAAUUCAAAUGUACGCUAAAAAGGGUGUGAUAUUAUCUGCGGGAACUUUAAAUACCCCGAAAAUAUUACAAUUAUCUGGGAUUGGACCGGCGCACAUACUGAAGUCACUAGGGAUACCAAUUGUCAAAGACUUACCAGUUGGCAAGAAUUUACAAGAUCACGUAACAACUGGUUUAGAUUUAGUUCUUUUUAAUAAGACAGUUUCAAUUUCUGCCUUAGAUAUGAUUAACCCAAUAAAUGCCAUUAAAUACUUUAUUUAUGGUACAGGUUCUUUCACCUCUCCAGGCUGUGAAAUAUUAGGAUUUCUAUCUACUAAGAAAUUGGCAACACCAAAUAUCCAGUUCAUGAUCUUGCCAGUGGGGCUGUCUUCAGACAGAGGUAGUCUUUUGAAAAAUAUUUUAGGUAUUAAAAAUAAUGUAUGGAAUAAUUAUUUUAAUAGGAUCAAUAAAUAUGCAGCGACUAUUUUGCCUAUAGUCUUACAUCCAAAGAGUAAAGGUACUGUUUACAUCAACAGUACUGAUCCCAGAUUACCUCCUGUAAUAGAUCCAAAAUAUUUAUCUAGUACUGUCGACAGAAGAACCUUAAUUGAUGGCUUGAAACUAAUAAAAGAAUUUGUUAAUACAGAAUCUAUGAAAAAAAUAGGUGCCACUUUAAAUGAAAUAAAAUUUCCCGGUUGUGAAGAUCACGUAUUAUUUACAGACGAAUAUUUUAAUUGUUACAUAAAACAUUUAACGCUAAGUAGCUAUCAUCCGAUCGGAACAUGCUCAAUGGGUCCUCCGACCUCAAAAAACUCAGUUGUAGACACAUCGUUCAACGUGAUCGGUGUUAACAGAUUAUACGUUGUCGACGCCUCAGUACUGCCAACAAUGCCAAGCGGCAAUAUAAAUGCAGCGGUCGCAAUGAUGGCCAGCUUGUUCUUCGAAACAAAUUUCAAAAGUGAACAAAGAAUGUUUACAGAAGUUUUAAAUUAUUGUUAUGUAUACGAUUGGUUCAUAGAGUAUGUUUUUCGUAUAUGUUUGAAGUGACUUUUUAUUUUAUUUUUUGUAAAUAUUAAUUAAUGCAUAGAAAAAAUAAAAAGUUAUAAAAAAAUAUAAUUAAGAUGAUGUUUAUUCGUUUUUUUUUAUCGAAACAAGCCGUUUAUUCGCCGACACAU